CGAGGAAGGAUCCGAGGAGCAGCAGCAGGAGCAGCAGCCCGAGCAGGAGCAGGAGCCAGAGCAGCCCCAGUCGCCGCCGCCUCCGCCGCCGCCUCCCGGGGCGGACGAGGACGAGCUCUCCUUCAGCGACCCCGAGGGCUUCGUGGACGACAUCGAUGAGGAAGAAUUACUCGGAGAUAUUCUCCAAGAGCAUCCUCAGGAAGCAGAUGGAAUUGAUUCUGUGAUUGUGGUGGAUAAUGUCCCCCAGGUUGGACCAGACCGUCUUGAGAAACUGAAGAAUGUUAUCCAUAAGUUUUUCUCAAAGUUUGGGAAGAUUACCAAUGAAUUUUACCCAGAAGCUGAUGGCCAGACUAAAGGGUAUAUCUUCUUGGAGUACAUGUCUCCCACUCAUGCUCUGGAUGCUGUAAAAAACACAGAUGGUUACAAGCUGGACAAACAGCACACUUUCAGGGUCAAUCUUUUCACUGACUUUGACAAAUACAUGACAAUCAGUGAUGAGUGGGAAAUUCCAGAGAAACAGCCAUUUAAAGAUCUGGGGAAUUUGCGCUACUGGUUGGAGGACCCAGACUGUAGAGAUCAGUAUAGUGUAAUUUUUGAAUCCGGAGAUCGAACUUCUAUAUACUGGAAUGAUGUUAAGGAUCCUGUCACAAUUGAGGAGAGAGCUCGAUGGACAGAAACCUAUGUGCGCUGGUCUCCAAAGGGCACCUAUCUGGCUACGUUCCAUCAGAGGGGCAUUGCUCUGUGGGGUGGAGAGAAAUUCAAACAGAUUCAGAGGUUCAGCCACCAGGGGGUGCAGCUCAUUGACUUCUCACCUUGUGAAAGGUACCUGGUAACUUUCAGUCCCCUGAUGGACACACAGGACGAUCCUCAAGCCAUCAUUAUUUGGGAUAUCCUAACUGGACAGAAGAAGCGAGGAUUCCACUGUGAGAGUUCCGCCCACUGGCCCAUUUUUAAGUGGAGUCACGAUGGCAAAUUCUUUGCCCGGAUGACAUCCGAUACUCUCAGCAUCUAUGAAACGCCUUCAAUGGGCCUGUUGGAUAAGAAAAGUUUGAAAAUCACAGGGAUCAAAGACUUCUCCUGGUCCCCAGGAGGUAACAUAAUUGCCUUUUGGGUUCCCGAAGACAAAGAUAUUCCAGCAAGGGUGACCCUGAUGCAGCUGCCCUCCAGGCAGGAGAUCCGAGUGCGUAAUCUGUUCAACGUGGUAGACUGCAAGCUACAUUGGCAGAAGAACGGGGAUUAUCUCUGUGUGAAAGUAGACAGGACCCCGAAGGGCACACAGGGUGUAGUGACCAACUUUGAAAUCUUCCGCAUGAGAGAAAAGCAGGUUCCAGUUGAUGUGGUGGAAAUGAAAGAAAGCAUCAUCGCGUUUGCUUGGGAGCCAAACGGAAGCAAAUUUGCCGUGCUGCAUGGAGAAUCGCCCCGCAUAUCCUGUUCCUUCUACCACGUGAAGAACAACGGGAAAAUAGAGCUCAUUAAAAUCUUCGACAAGCAGCAGGCAAACACGAUAUUCUGGAGUCCUCAGGGACAGUUUGUGGUAUUGGCUGGUCUCAGAAGCAUGAACGGUGCCUUAGCAUUUGUGGAUACCUCUGAUUGCACCAUGAUGAACAUUGCUGAGCACUACACAGCCUCAGACGUGGAAUGGGACCCCACCGGCCGCUACGUGGUGACGUCUGUGUCUUGGUGGAGUCACAAGGUGGACAAUGCCUACUGGCUGUGGACUUUCCAGGGUCGCCUCCUCCAGAAGAAUAACAAAGACCGGUUCUGCCAGUUGCUAUGGAGACCCAGGCCACCAACUCUGCUCACCCAGGAUCAAAUAAAGCAAAUCAAGAAAGAUCUGAAGAGAUACUCCAAAAUAUUUGAACAGAAAGAUCGCCUGAGCCAAUCUAAAGCCUCCAAGGAACUGGUUGACAGAAGGCGAACAAUGAUGGAGGAGUUCAAAAAAUACCGCAAGAUGGCCCAGGAGCUGUACAUGGAGCAGAGGAAUGAGCGUUUGGAGCUCCGAGGAGGAGUAGACACGGAUGAACUGGACAGUAAUGUAGAUGACUGGGAGGAAGAGACUGUUGAAUUUUUUAUCAACGAAGAAAUUAUUACAGUUGCAGAGGCAGAGUAAUCCCAAAGCCGUGCACCACCAUCUAUUAUCCUGGGAAGAGAGUUGUUCAUUUUCAAGAGGCCUCCUCAUCUUUGGAAGUUUUUUAAAUCCAUAUUCUCUCUCUGGACGGUGACUGCACAGGAUUCAUUCAUUCUGACAUACUGUAGUGCCUUUUGGUCCCCUCAUCUCCUGUGGGGUCCUUCAAAAGGCACUGCUUUUAAUUUUGUAUUCCUUUAUUGGGGGAGGGUUUAGUCUAAUUUUUAGCAAUCUACCACCAGAACGUGCUGCUAAACGCUCCUCUGGGCGAUUGGGAACACUUUCCCAUCCAAGCGCAGCCUUGACACAUUUUCCAGGAUCUUGCGGGAAAUUCAAGCGCUUCUGUUUGCCGAGGACUGUGGCUGUGUCCUGCGCCGGCAGGGGUUGGUUUGACCCAGAGAAAGACCAGCCAGGGAGGCUCUGCUUUCCACAGCAUGAUCGGUUGUGCUGAAGCAGCACCAGAGUGGACUUUACUCUCCCAUUCCGAUUGUGACAGGAUCUCUCCAUGGGUUGAACAUUGGAAAUAAAGCAAGCCAAUAUGCGCCGCC